GUUGCUAAGCAACCAGUAUCAACAUUCGCCUGUAGGAGAAGGGGGGAUUGUGUGCGGAAUUAUUUUUAGCCUUUCUCGGCUCGUGUGAUGGAGGAAACAGAAUUUGAAGGAGACGACCGUUUUGAGUCGUUGGAGGAGUUUCAGGUUGUCCUCAGUGAGCUGUCCAGUGACAGCAGCCUGGACAGGAUCAGGGCGGAGUACGAGAAACUCGUCCAUGCUCUGAAGAAGUCGCGGGAGAAUGAAAAGAGGCUGAUGUCGAAAUGCAGGGAGCUGAACGCAGAGAUCGCGUCGACAUCAACCAAAGUGGCAACUGCCCUGAAACUGUCCCAGGAAGAUGAGAUGACAAUAACGUCACUCAAGAGGGAGUUGGAUAAGGUUUGGAAGCUGAUUGAUGCAGCUCAUGAUAAAGAGAGAAAGGACCAGGAAACAAUCAAGGAUUUAAAAGAAGACGUUUUCAAGCUCACAAAGGCAACUGAGCAAAAAACCGGACAUCAGCAGGACGAAGAACGAAUGGAUUUAAUUAAAAUGAUUGAAGAGUUGACUAAGGAGAGAGACCAGCUGACAAAUGCGGCGGCGGACCUAAGAGAGAAACUAAACAAGGCGACUGUAACUCAGCAAGACAUAGAGGCUCAAAAAGAGACAGCCGUAGAGAAGAUCUUGAAGCUUCAGCAGGAGCUCCAGGUGCAACAGAACGAGCUCUCCAGAGAGACGAGACUGAAGGAGAAGCUCGACAAGGAGAUCCAGCAGCUGCACACCGACAUGGAGGCCAAGAUGGCCGAAAUCAAAGCUCUGACCACGCAGGGACAGAAGGCCAGAGAGGAGCAGCAGAGACUGGAGCAGCAGCUCAGAGAUCUAAAGGUAUUGCAUGAGCGCUUGACCAAAGAACUGGAGCAGAUUCAGGCGAAGAGCAGCAAACUGCAGCAGGAAUGUGAACGUCUCUUGGCCGCCAGGGAACAGCUCUCUGUGGAGAAUCAUCUGAAGGCAAACGAACUGAAGAUAAGAGAGGAGGAGCUGAGUCACAUGCGUCAGGAGGUCGCCAAACAGACCAAGAUGAGAGAAGCCAUCCAGAAGAAGUACCACCACAUGGAGGACCAGAAAGCUGAACUCGACCGACAGAGGGAGACGCUGAAAGCUCAGAUUGCUGGCCUGGAAAAAGAUCUUGAAUCUUCCCGGAAGCAAGUGGAAGUCGACAAAAAAGCCAAGGAGGAGCUGAUCCGAGAGAGGGCCAAUCUGCACAAGAACAUGACCAAAGCCGUGCAGUCGGCUGAGAAGCAGCAGGACCUCAUGAAGCUUCUGGAGCAGGACAAGAGAACCUUGGAGCACGAGAUCUCCGGGUACCGGCAGGAGGCGCAGAAGCAGCGGAAGAUCAUCCAGCAGCUGGAGAAGGAGCGGGACCGCUACGUCAACGAGAGCAGCAGCCUUAUGCAGAAGGUGCAACAGAAGCUCACUGUUGUCGAAGACAAAGAGAUGGAGAUAUUUGAUUGGAAAAAGAAAGCUACAGAGUCGGAGUGUAAACUCAAACAGCAGGAGAACCUGCUGGAGUCGAUCAUAGCGGAGAGGAAUCUAUACAGCAAAAACCUCAUCGAGUCUCAGGAGGAGAUUUCUGAAAUGAAGAGGAAAAUAAAGACUAUGAGCAACCAAGUUGCCCGGCUUAAAGACGACAUCUCUGAGAAGGAGCAGGAACUGGUCAGAGAUCAGCAGGAGCAGAAGAGGCUGGAGAAGGAGAACGAAGCCUAUAAGGGGGAUCUACAGGCAAUAAAACUGCAGCUGGAGGAAACGAAGCAGCUUAUUGACAGCCAGAGGACAGAACAGCAAAAACUGCAGAUGACAAUCACCAGCAUGGAGGAAGACCGAGUCCAGGAGCAGAAGCAGCUGCAGCAGGUGAUCCGAGAGCGGGACAGCCUCGGCAAGCAGCUGCUGCAGCGGAGUGAUGAGCGCGCUCUCCUGCUUGAGAAGAUCCGGAUUCAGCAGUCCAUCCUCGGCAAGGGGGACUUCCACUACAAGCAGAGGCUGGAGGACAUCCAGCUGCUGAAGCUGGAGAUCAAGAGGCUGCGCCGCAGCAACGACAUCCAGGACAGGACCUUACCCAACACAGAGGAGCUGAGGACGGAGCAGCUCCGCCUGCAGACGGAGCUGCUCAGAGAGAGAACCAGGAACAGUGUUCUGGAGGACCAGCUCAAGCCCAUAAAUAUUCACCGAUGGAGGCAACUGGAGGGCAGCGACCCGGGAAAGUAUCAGCUCAUCCAGAAGAUUCAGGCCCUGCAGAAGCGACUGAUUGCUAAAACCCAGGAGCUGGAGGAACGGGGACUGCUGCUGCAGGAAAAGGAGAAGCUGUAUGUGGAACUGAAGCAGGUUCUUGCCCGACGGCCCGGUCCCGAGGCAGCCAUGCAGCUCCAGCAGUACCGCUGGACCAUCGGGGACCGGACCAAAAAGCUGCAGGCUCUGAUGGCAGAGCUGAGGACGGUCGACUCAAAGAUGAACGAAUACAAACGGGAGAAUCAAAGACUGAGCGGCGAGCUGGCAAAUAUGAAGAAGAAGUAUCUGAGUCAGAAAAGGCGUCGUAGUGAGCAGAGAAGCAGGACCACGGCGCAGGAACAGGAAGCUCUGCCCCAGCUGAGCAGCACGCCUCGCUUCGCCAGAGCGGCCUUCAGGGUUUACAACCCGGUCAAACUCUGACGCCCGCCGUCUGCAUUUUCGUUACAAACGUGCGCAAAUCUUUGUUUAUAUUCUGCUAAUGUUGAAAAAACACAACUUUGCAAUUGC